UUGGCGCGCAAGGUUUUCGACAUGCCAGAGAAUGUCUCUCUCCUCAGGAACCGCACGGAAUUUGGACACAGUCGAGCGCUGGGACCGGGCGCGCGCCCCGCCUGGGUCAUCACGGUGCUGGCCAGCGUGCUGAUCUUCACCACGGUGGUGGAUGUCUUGGGGAAUCUUCUGGUGAUUAUUUCAGUUCUUAGAAAUCGAAAACUUAGAAAUGCUGGAAACGUGUUCGUAGUGAGCCUGGCGUUCGCGGACCUGGUGGUGGCGUUCUACCCGUACCCGCUGGUGCUGUACGCCAUCUUCCACGACGGCUGGUCGCUGGGCGACACGCAGUGCAAGGUCAGCGGCUUCCUGAUGGGCCUGAGCGUGAUCGGGUCCAUCUUCAACAUCACCGGCAUCGCCGUCAACCGCUACUGCUACAUCUGCCACAGCUUCUCCUACGACAAGCUGUACAGCUACCGCAACACGCUGCUGCUCGUGGCCCUCAUCUGGCUGCUGACCGUCCUGGCCAUCCUGCCCAACCUCUUCGUGGGCUCGCUGCAGUACGACGCCCGCGUCUACUCCUGCACCUUCGCGCAGACGGUCAGCAGCUCCUACACCAUCGCCGUGGUGAUCGUCCACUUCCUGGUGCCCAUCACCGUGGUGACGUUCUGCUACCUGCGCAUCUGGAUCCUGGUCAUCCAGGUGCGCCGCAAGGUGAAGAGCGAGGUGCGGCCGCGGCUCAAGCCCAGCGACCUGAGGAACUUCGUCACCAUGUUCGUGGUGUUCGUGCUCUUCGCCAUCUGCUGGGCGCCGCUCAACGUCAUCGGCCUGGCCGUGGCCAUCGCCCCCGAGGCGGUCGCCCCCCGCAUCCCCGAGUGGCUCUUCGUGGUCAGCUAUUUCAUGGCCUACUUCAACAGCUGCCUUAACGCCAUCAUCUACGGCCUGCUCAACCAGAACUUCAGGAAGGAGUACAAGAGGAUCGUCAUGUCCGUGUGGAUGCCCAAGCUGUUCUUUCAGGAGACGUCCAGGGGGGGCACGGAGGCCAUGAAGACCAAGCCCUCGCCCGGCCUGAACAACAACGAACAAGCGAAAGGCGAGACGUUGUAAGGAUCACAUCCACAGCCCGUCGUUUUUUCCUCCUGUGCCAGUUCUGUACUGUAUCUAUCUCAUGGGGUUUCUGUAAACUCAAAUUGCGUGAAUGAA